AUGAGCGCGCCUCUCACGGAGCACAACCUCUUCAGUGCCCUCCGCGAGUACGCCUCGAGGCUGGAGGUGCAGUACAUGAUCGAGGAGGAGGUGAAGAAGUUCCAGGAGAAGGUGCUGCCGCGAGUCUUGUCCGAAGCCUUCGCGACUGCGUCUUAUGCAGCAGCGGCGGAAUCGACCGCGAGUGGCGAUGCAGCAGGAGCAGCGAGUCGAACGGUCUCCUCGUCACCGCCAUCGAAUACCGCAGCGCCGUCGCACGCCACCGCCACCCCAAAUUCCGACUGGGUUCGAACGUUCCUCAAGGCGCAUGUGGAUGACGUGCUCAGCCGACAGCUGUCCCCCAUGAUUGUGCGUGAGGUGCAGCGACAGCUGCGCAGCGUUAAUGGGAGUGCACUGGCUCCAUCUUCGUCAUCUGGCUCUCAGCCCUGCGGCGAGUCGUCGGUACCGGCAGCGGCUGCGCGAGCACGUGCAGGCUUGCCGCCGCUCCCGCCUUCUCCGCGGCCAUCACGGUCACCACCGUGUGAAACGACCCCCGUGCUAGCAGGAAGGAGUACGCCCGAAUAUCGAAUGGACGGCAACAGCGACUUAACCAUGCUGGCGUCUGCCGCCGAUGACGAGGGUCUCCGGCAGCGCAAACAGAUCCUCAACGCCAUCGCGGAUAUUGAGCAUCAACUACAAGACGCGCAACGUGAACUUGACGAGGUGGUGCACCAGCAGCGGCUGUCCCGGCGCCGGUUCGAAUACCUUUGCGAGACACUCCAGGGGAUGGGCUUAUCUCCAGCUGCGGAGAACACGCCGUCGUCGCUGUGCGUGGCACUGGAGCAGGCGCUGGAUGAUCGAAAGGCGGACGUUGUGCGAGCGCGUCUUGCAGCCAUUCUGCAGGGUCUGCUGCCACCGCCGACCGAGCCGCACUCUGGGAAGGGGGCGGAGAUUCGCAACGAGGCCGCCUUAACAUGUGGUAGCUCGCCAUCGCUGGCGCCGCAGGACGGGCGGCUGCUCUCUGCCUCUCUCGCCUCCACGAAGUCCUACGCUGUGCAGAGUUCCGGCCACGAUACCCCGCCGCAGCUGCUGGAUCGCUCCUCUUCAUGUCUGCGCGGUGACGCGCAGUCCCCACCUCUCGUCACCACUGGUGCAGUCGAAGCACCGCCGGCGCAGCCCCCGUAUUCGUCAGGAAUGCCUUCUGUAAACUCGACCCCCGCGUCUGCGCGCACCCUAACGUACGCUCGUCACGGCGAUGCGUCUGCAGCAGCUGCAGGCGCAGUUCGGCCCGCGGCUGCUGCUCUAUCGAGAGCGCACCGCUCCAUCACGACACGCGGUACCGCAUCGUCAGCCGCAGCCGCCAAGGCUGCAUCUCUACCACCACCGCCGUCGGCGUUGGUGACGACCAAUGAGACAGCGCCACCCCCUCUACCUGUACUCCGCCAGCCGUCUCGUGCUCGGCCCGAUGCGGAUGCGGUAGUCUCGCGGCCGGCGCCUCUGCCACAGGCGUGUGUUGACCAGAGCAUGCGGGAAAGGGCUGUUAGGGACACGCAUGCACCGACCUCGAUGCGAAUGGCGGACAGUUCUGCCACGGCCGCGACCACCACUGCCCCUCCUGCAAGCUGCACCGGCCCUUCCAACGCUUGUUUCCGCAGCUCUCUAUACCACAGCGUACCAUCCCCCUCAAUCACGUCUGUCGCCUCGUCGAGAGAGGCUGCCGCUGCUGGCGAGGCACCCCGCGCCGUGGUGCUGGGUAUCGACGCUGUGGAUAUCCCCCCCGGCGUGCUGCCCGGCUCACUAGGCCGACAAGGGGCAGUACGCGUGGAGUCUGUUACCCCGCAGCAGCUGGCGGAGCGCGCCGGCGUGUGCUGCGGCGACGUUCUGCUUUCGGUGGCGAAUCGCCCCAUCGGCAGCUGCGAACAGAUGCAGGCUGCGCUAGCAGCCGUGCGGGCGACGCAGCCGUCGGUGGCACUGGAGGUCUACCGGCACACAAUUCAAGAAAUCAUCUGCGUCACGCUGCAGCUGUAG